GACAUUCACUUUAAUGCAUUUAUGCUGUAUAGAUUGUUGUACACUCAGACACGCAAAAUAACACAUCAGUACUUGUUCUGUCUCUCCACUGAAAAGAGAUUGAUCAUUAGGGGUUUAAAGUCAAAUUUUAAUAUGAGGCCUUAAAUAUAUACACAUACACAAAAAAUUUAGUGUUAGACUUUUUUUUCUUUUUGGUUUAAAUAUAUAUAUAUACACACAAAACGAUUACUGUUGUCUUUUUUUUUGUUUUUUCAUACUUGUUUGUUUUUUUAAGGUAGUGUUCUAAAUUUUUUGGAGUUCCUCAAAAUUAAAUCAAAUGCUUUAGUAGCCUUAUCCUUGAGCCAGCUCUGUUGUUUACGAUUUUUACAUUGGAGCAUUUAAGCUUUUCUGAAAUUGCUGCCCUUUAAUUGUUUUCAACUAAAGCAUCACAGAGGAGAAGGGAAAAGAAGUGUUGGAUAGGCGAAAUGAAGGAGGUUUUGGAGAAAUGUGUGGAUUCGCAGCUAUGGCACGCCUGUGCCGGAGGAAUGGUGCAAAUCCCUCUGGUCAACUCGAAAGUCUACUAUUUUCCGCAAGGGCAUGCUGAGCAUACUCUUACAAACGUGGAUUUCUCGGCUUUACUGAGAAGCCCUGCGUCGUUUCUAUGUAGGGUAGCUGCUGUGAAGUUCUUAGCGGAUCCUGAAACGGACGAGGUUUAUGCUAGGAUUAGGCUUGUCCCAGUUGGGAACAAGGGGAGUGACCUUGAUGAUGACAACAUUUUGGGUAGUAAUGAGUCAGGAACAACUGAAAAGCCCAAUUCGUUUGCCAAGACAUUGACUCAAUCGGAUGCGAAUAAUGGGGGUGGAUUCUCUGUGCCAAGGUACUGCGCAGAGACGAUAUUUCCUAGGUUGGAUUACACAGCUGACCCGCCUGUGCAGACUGUAAUAGCCAAAGAUGUUCAUGGUGAAACUUGGAAGUUUAGGCACAUUUAUAGGGGGACUCCUAGGAGGCAUUUGUUAACAACUGGUUGGAGUACUUUUGUGAAUCAGAAGAAGCUUGUUGCUGGAGAUUCCAUUGUGUUUUUGAGGGCAGAAAAUGGUGACCUUUGUGUGGGAAUCCGUAGAGCAAAACGGGGCGGUAUUGGUGGGCCUGAAACCCCAACUGGAUGGAACUCUGGCGCUGGAAACUAUGGUGGAUUUUCUGCGUUUUUGAGGGAAGACAUGAACAAGAAUGGAAAUCUGAUUUCUUCUGUGGGGAGCUUCAAGGGAAAGGGAAGGGUGAGGCCUGAAUCAGUUAUUGAAGCUGCAUAUCUUGCUGCUGGUGGGCAGCCUUUUGACGUUGUUUAUUAUCCCCGUGCAAACACUCCAGAAUUCUGUGUUAGGGCAUCUUCUGUGAAUACUGCACUGAGGAUUCAGUGGUGCUCAGGGAUGAGGUUCAAAAUGGCUUUUGAAACGGAGGAUUCUUCUCGAAUCAGUUGGUUCACGGGAACUAUAUCCUCCAUUCAGGUUGCUGAUCCCGUCUGCUGGCCCAAUUCGCCAUGGCGGCUUCUUCAGGUUACAUGGGAUGAACCUGAUUUACUGCAAAACGUAAAACAUGUCAGCCCUUGGCUUGUCGAAUCGGUCUCAAAUAUGCCAGUUAUUCACCUCUCACCCUUCUCACCACCAAGAAAAAAGCUGCGCCUUCCACCAGAUUUCUCGCUUGACAGCCAAUUUCAGUUACCAUCUUUUUCAGGUAACCCCCUCAGGUCCAGCAGUCCUUUCUGUUGUCUAUCUGACAACAUUACUGCAGGCAUACAGGGAGCCAGGCAUGCUCAAUUUGGAGUACCUUUAUUGGAUCUUCAUCUUAGCAACAAAGUACAGUCAGGACUGUUACCACCAAGUUUCCAGCGAGCUGCAGCUGACUUACAACUUCCUAAUGGCAUUAGUAAGCGCCAAAAUGACAGAAAUGAUAACAUCUCUUGCUUGCUUACCAUGGGUACUCCAAAUAAGAUAUUGGAGAAAAAUGAUAGUGUGAAUACACCUCGGUUCUUACUCUUUGGUCAGCCAAUUCUGACGGAGCAGCAAAUCUCUAAUGGCUGUUCUGUCAAUGCUCCAGAAGUAGUCCAAAUAGGAAAGGACUUGGGCAGGAUACAACUGAAAAAUGAAAGAUUUUCUCCUGAGCAGAAAGGCGUUCAAGACUAUCUAUCAAAUUCCACAUUUUUCUGGAAUCGAGGUUAUGAUGCAGCUGAACUUGGUGUCGAUAUUGGUCACUGCAAAGUAUUCCUCGAGUCACAGGAUGUUGGGCGUACACUUGAUCUGUCAGUUCUGGGAUCAUACGAAGAACUGUACAGAAGACUCGCAAGCAUGUUUGGACUAGAAAGAUCAGAUAUGCUGACCCGUGUGCUCUAUCAUGAUGCAACAGGUGGUGUUAAACACACUGGAGAUGAACCAUUCAGCGACUUUGUUAAGAGUGCAAGAAGACUGACCAUUCUGAUGAACUCAAGCAGCGGUAUUAAAAGGAAAUGGUUCACUGGUCUCGCAACUGCUGAGCGUGGUCUAGAUUCUUCAAACCAGGCAGGACCUCUUAGCAUCUUUGCAUAGAGUCGUCGGGAUUUGAUAGCCUAUGUGUAUAAGUACCUUCGGUUUGUAUUUGUUUCUUCAUCGUAGUGCUAAGGACAAUAUCAGUGGAGCAUUGUGUUAGUUUCUGUAUGGAUAUUUUGUGUUGCUCUUCGUGUUGGAAACGUUCAAUGUGCUUUCUGUAAGAUACAGUUUGCGACAUCUUGCUAGCCGUGGUACUUUCGUAA